UCCCCGUGUGUUUACAGGUACCCGAGCCCCAGAACCUCACAAGUUUUGGGCGCAUCACAGAUUGUUGAAGAGGUUUAUUCGCCGCCGCCGCUCCUCGAGAGAUCGUCGAGGCGCCGGGAAGAGUGAGAGAGAUGGCGCUAUGGAUGGACGCGGGGGCGUAUCCUGUCUCUGAGAGCGAGAAGGCGGACUUGGAGGCCAUCGCCGCCAUCAAAGAAUCCGCCGCCAUCGAGCUCAAGGAAAAAGGUAAUCAGUUUGUGAAAAUGGGUAAAAAGCAUUACAAGGAGGCAAUUGAUUGUUACACCAGGGCAAUUGAUCAGAAAAGUCUCAAUGACUCAGAACAGUCAGUCAUCUUUGCUAAUCGUGCCCAAGUGAAUUUGCUCAUGGGCAAUCAUAGACGUGCUUUAACUGAUGCUGAAGAAGCAAUUAAGCUAUGCCCAAUGAAUGUCAAGGGAUACUAUAGAGCUGCCAAGGCUGCCUUUUCCUUGAACCUAUUUUCUGAAGCCACCUCACUUUGUCAAAGGGGACUUGAACAAAUGCCCUCUAAUGAAGAGAUGAAGAAAUUGUUUGUGCAAAUUGAUUUGCAGAGGCAAGAAGAAGAAAAUAAAAAAACUCAAAUAUUAGAAGUCGUUGCUGCAGCUAAGAUGCUUUCAUCUGCUUUGGAGAAUAGAGGACUAAAAUUUGGGAAGGCCCAGUAUCAAGAACUAACUGGAGUGAGAAAACCUGUAUUAGACAAAAGUGGGAUUCUUCAUUGGUCAGUCAUACUUCUUUAUGCAGAGGUUAUGUCCAGUGACUUCAUCGAGGACUUCUGUGAAACUGACGUGUUCUCAUCCCAUCUCGACAUGAUGUUUUCAGAAAGUUCCCAGCCAUUACCAUGGGAUGAGAAUCAUGCUUAUACUAGAGAUGCAGUUGAAUUGUACUAUCAGGCUAGCAUGGGGACUCUUUUAUCAAAGAAGGAAGUUCUCAAGUAUCUGUUAGAUGGCACAGUUAAGUCUGGUCUUGAUGGCCUAUUUGAUGAAGAUAAGGAUUUAGAGAAAGAGCUGGAUAAUAGAGUCUCUUUUCCAGGAAACAAUCAUGGUAAAUGGAUCAAGGUGACUCAGAAAAAAACACUCCUUGACAUCUUACAGCAGCCUGACUACAUCAUUCCAGCUAUCCCAGUUUUCUAUGUGGUUUCGAAGAAAUCUGCUUUUUAUAAAGACUUCAAAGCCGGAAAAUGGUCACCUCCAUGAAUUCUCAGCAGUGAAUAUAAUUCAGUUCUUUAUUCCUGUAGUUGCACUUUUUACACUUGUAACAGUACCAAACAAUACACAUCUUGUAUUCCCUGCGAGCUUUAACAUAAGUUAUUAUUGAUCAAUGGCAUUGUUUUCUUGUUUAUCAA